UUCACAUAUCGAGACGUGCGCCCAAAACGGUGGCACCUAUAUUAUAGUCUCGAAAUAAUAAUAUCGUUACAAUUGUUUUAAGGACGCGUUGCGUUUCCGGCAUUAAUUCCGCCCGCAUGCCCGAUUUUGUAUAUCGUAUAUCGUAUAUUAUAUCAUAUAUAUAGAGACCGGAAGUUUGUGUAACAAUGGAACAGUUGAACUGGAUGGUGGAAUACGCUGCGUUCGUCAUCAUGCUCGGGCUGUCCAUCGUCAUCGGCCUGUACUAUGGAUGCUUUUCCAAACAGAACACCGUCGCAGAUUACCUGUUGGGCGGAAAGCACAUGACCGUCUUUCCGAUCACCAUGUCACUGAUCGCUAGUCACAUUUCUGGCAUAACGCUACUCGGAGUUCCAUCUGAGAUAUAUAGCAAUGGGACACAAUACUUAAUUGUUGGUGUCGUUAAUAACGUAGUAGUAAUUGCCUUGGUCAUAUGGAUUUAUUUACCUGUUUUUUAUGAUCUUCAGUUGACAUCAGUAUAUGAAUAUUURGGAUUACGAUUUGAUACCAACGUCCGUGGAUUGUCGUCACUCAUUUUCGCCAUACAGCUAAUACUGUACAUCCCUAUUGUGAUCUACAUACCAGCAUUAGCGUUCAAUCAAGUUACAGGUCUUGAUGUACAUUUAAUAACCGUGAUCAUUUGCGUCAUUUGUAUAUUUUAUACCACCAUCGGCGGACUGAAGGCAGUUGUGUGGACAGAUGCGAUCCAAAGUAUUUUCACAGCCGUUUCAAUCGUAAUUGUAAUCAUAUUGGGAGUUAUACAAGCCGGAGGGAUAGGAAACGUGUUCAGAUCCAAUCAAGAAGGAGACCGAAUAGAAUUUUUUAAGAUGGAUCCAAAUCCGUUUUUGAGAAAUACUUUUUGGACCGUUACCGUAGGCACGACGUUUCAAUGGCUCGCAUCACUGGGCAUUCAUCCAGGAGCCGUUCAACGUUUUGUAGCAUUGCCCACUUAUUCAAAGGCUCGAAGUGCUGCGAUUUGGUUUGUUUUCGGUAUGGCCGUCGUUAAAGUCUUAACCGGUGCUAUAGGAAUGCUGAUCUACACCAAAUACAAAGACUGCGAUCCAUUGAUGGCUAAUUACAUAGACAACGAAAGAAAAUUAGUGCCGUAUUAUGUGAUGGACGUAGCCGCGAAGUUUCCAGGACUCACCGGUCUAUUCGUUUCCGGAAUUAUUAGCGCUGGCUUGAGUACAAUGUCAGCGCAAAUAAACACUGUGUCUGGUACGAUUUACGAAGAUUUUAUAGUGAAAAUGAUGGGCAUAAAAGUGUCUGAUUUGACGGCCAGUAUUAUCAUGAAGUGCACCGCACUGAUCUGCGGAUUCAUAUGCGUGAUAUUGGUUUUUGUAGUCGAAAAAAUGAGCGGAAUUUUUCAAUUAUCAAUAAGUCUGGGCGGAGUGACUUAUGGAUCAUUACUGUCAGURUUCACGUUGGGGAUUUGUUUUCCGUGGGCAAACUCUAGAGGCGCCGURUGUGGGAUGUUAUCCAGCUUAGCUGUCAUGGCUUGGAUAGUUGCUGGAGCUCAGUUCACCAUAUACAACAAGGAAUUGAAGUUCGUAGAAAAGGACCUUUCAAUAGCCGGAUGUCCGGCCAACACAACGUUUACAAAUCAUACAGAUUUUUCAGGUUUAAUCCGGGUGAACGAAGAAGUGUAUGCGAGUCCAAACGUGUCGACAAUUUAUAUGAUUUCAUACAUGUACUACAGUGCCGUCGGUACUUUGGUCGGGAUCGCCGUCGGACUUGCUGUCAGCCUGUUGUUCCCCAUGGAGCAGAACAUUGACCCCAGACUGUUGACGCCCUUUAUACGGAACUUUGUGUAUCCCAAGUACAUGGCCGAGAAGGUGCCGAAUGGUAGGACCGCCAACAACAAGAACGAUACUUACGAACUGGUGUCUCAGGACACCAAACUAUGAUGACUGUCGUUGUACGCGGUGUGAAUGAUUGUAAUUUCAUCUGAUUCGAAUAGUGUUUUAUAUUUKGAAAAUAUAUGGAAAAUAAUAACAAAAAUCGUUUUUUGCUACUUGAAAUUUUUUA